AUGGCCGACCAGAAUGGCGUUCCUCGACGCAAGCCCGUCCCGCAGCCUCAGUUUCCACCUCUCAGCGACACCUGGGCCUCGGAUCUCACACAACAGUUCCGACGCACCCUCUCGACGAAGCGCAUGAACGAGUUGAGUCGCCGGCCAGGCUCGCAACGGCGCUCGUCGUCGAAAAUCCCCACCGAAAUCGUCCUUCAGCCCCGCCAGACACCCGCUCCGUCACACGACCAGACUGCGGACUCAACACCACCUCCACCAACGAGGCAGGCGCCUCCAGUCCCAGGUGCACCGAUAGAUGAAGGCAUUGUGCCGCCGAGGUCGCCGCCUCCUUCAUACUCAUCGAUCAGAAACAUACCAACCGUACCAACGCCUCCGACAGACAACAAGUCUCUUCGCUUUCGCCACAUGCUAGUAGGACUAUCAAAUACACCGUGUAAAUGGGAAAACCCAGGCUUACUGGACGAGGCACUUCGCGCAGUGCCGCUCCAGAGGAUAUACGACGACGCGCAGGAGGAAUCGGACUUGUUUCAGGCCGAGGCUGCAUCACUCGGGCCAAACAUGAGACCAGCAUGGGGAUAUCAGGACUGCGUUGUUCGUGCGCUGCUGAAGUGGUUCAAGGCCGACUUCUUUGAGUGGGUCAACAACCCCAAGUGCUCGACCUGUCAUGCACCAACCAUCGGCAAAGGCAUGGUCGCUCCCAUCCCGGACGAGUCGGCGCGUGGCGCAAACAGAGUGGAGCUGUAUCAAUGCAGCAACCAGCUCUGCCAGUCUUUCGAACGAUUUCCUAGAUACAACGAUGCCUUCGUACUUCUUCAAACCAGGAGGGGUAGGGUGGGCGAGUGGGUAAAUUGCUUCUCCAUGCUCUGCAGAGCCAUUGGCAGCCGAGUACGAUGGGUCUGGAACUCCGAAGACCACGUCUGGACAGAAGUCUACAGCACUCACCGGAAGCGCUGGGUGCACGUCGACUGCUGCGAGGGUUCGUGGGAUGCUCCUCUGCUCUAUACCCACGGUAAGUUAACCAUCCGCUGUCUGAAUUAGUCUGGUGUGGAACGCUAACGCAUAUCUAGGCUGGCGAAAGAAGCUUGCGUAUUGUAUUGCAUUCUCUGCGGAUGGCUGCCAGGAUGUCACCCGCCGUUAUGUUCGCAACCCAACUGAGCAUGCUCUACCUCGCAAUCGCUGCCCAGAGGGUGUGCUUAUGCACAUUCUUGGCGAGAUUAGGUCCAUGCGCCGUCGGGACAUGGACAAGAUGGAACGCUUCCGCCUCAAUGCCGAAGACAUGAAGGAGGAUGCGGAACUCCGCAAGCUCAUCAUCGAAGCGCUUGCAUUCAACGUCAGCCGGAUCCUUCCUGGCGGCGAUGGAGCCAAAGGCUCAUCAAGAUCAGACGCGGAUGCACAGAAGGCCGCCGAGUCUCGACACACAGAACGAGCACGAGCUCGAGAUGUCCUUCGACAUCAACAGGACAACCAGCCACGGGAUCAGAGGCAGCAGUAG